UCCCUGAAUUGUUCCCAUAAACUAAGUGACAAACUCCCAGCACUGCCACAUAACUUCAGGAAGGGUGUGAUGAAGACUUUCCUGUAGCCUCGGAGAAGUGACCUAAACCUUUUCCAAACCCACUGGCCAAGCUUCAACAGAGAACCUCAGAGAGAAGACUAAGGUCCUCUUUCACUCUGCUUACGGGAAGCACGGUCUCUCUGCACUUCUUCUAUUACCUGUCACCUGCACCCUCUGUCCUUCUGUAGCAAUGGAUAAAGUCCAGCAUAUUACCCGCUCUGCCAUGAGGAGAGCCUCAAACAUUGAGGUCAACCCGCAGAUCCGGCAAAACCUGCAAGAACUCUUUGUAAAUUUCUCUCUGAUUCUCAUUUGUCUUCUUCUCAUCUGUAUCAUUGUGAUGCUGCUCUGAGGGUUACUCUGAGCACCCCUGUAGAAAGUACCAGACAGACUAUACAAAGCCUCCUCAUGGAAGGGCCAGAGUAAAGAUGUGUUACACUAUUUAUAAGCAUGUACCACUUGUCAGCUUUGUAUGCAGUGCGCGCCUCACGAUUGUAGAUGUCAAUGUUUAUAAUAUUAUGUAAUAAACAUACGGUAACAUAUUUCCUUCCCACCUGUAAUACAAUAAUGUAAUAACGUAGUCCAGGACUACAGGCAUGAUAAAUAAAGCUUCACCUUCAUUGAGGCAGCCAUGUUUGACAUAUACCUGGAGUUCUGCACACGUCUAAUGUUGUUCAUGGAUCACUGUGCCUGUGUAGUGUGUUACCAUGGAGUAAGAACCGUUAAAUAAAAGCAUAAUCUCAGCAAA